CUGCGGACCGCGGUACCAUGGCCCCCGCCCGGCUGCUCGCGCUGCUGCUGCUCCUCGUGGGCGCCCCCGCCGCCGCCGCCGAGUCGAUCCGAGAGACCGAGGUCAUCGACCCCCAAGUCCUCCUAGAAGGCCGAUACUUUUCCGGAGCCCUACCCGACGACGAGGAUGUGGGGGCACCCGGGUCGGAACCCGAUGACUUUGAGCUGUCCGGCUCUGGAGAUCUGGAUGACUCAGAGGACCCCAGGAUCUUCCCUGAAGUAAUCCAACCCUUGGUGCCUCUGAGUAACCACAUCCCUGAGGGGACAGGGCCUGGGGGCCAGAUCCCCACUGAACCUGAGGAACUGGAGGAGAAUGAGGUCAUCCCCAAGAGGAUCUCGCCCUUUGAAGGGGACGAGGAUGUGUCCAACAAAGUGUCCAUGUCCAGCACUGCCCAGGGCAGCAGCGUCUUUGAGAGGACAGAGGUCCUGGCAGCUCUGAUUGUGGGCGGUGUCGUGGGCAUCCUCUUUGCUGUUUUCCUGGUCCUGCUGCUGGUGUACCGCAUGAAGAAGAAGGACGAAGGCAGCUACGACCUGGGCAAGAAACCCAUCUACAAAAAAGCCCCCACCAACGAGUUCUAUGCCUGAAGCUUCUGCAUGGGCACCAGCUUGGACUUUGGGGGGGAGGGAAGCCGCAGGAUUGUGAAGGGUGGCCACUGGGAUAGGGGGAGGGCAGCCUGACACUGACCUAUCAGCAUCUCCAGCUCUGUGUCCGGAGAGACAUCAUCUUCUGCUCUUCCUGCCUCCUCUUGAGUCUCUGGGCCUCAAUUGUCCUGGCAGAAAAAUGGGGUUAAACUUGGCCUUUCUGAAGGCAAGUCUGGGAUUGAAAUCCUUUCUUAAGCUCCCAGUUUAGAAUGUAGGCCCAGCUUAGACCCUAUUCUGACCAUGCCUCAGCCAGAGCCCUUCUGAAGCUGUUGUGUGAGUCCUGCUGGAGUCUGCCCCCAGCGGCCUCCCUCCCUGUCACACAGCCUGUCCCUCUGCCAGGAGCUGGGAAAAGGAUGUGUCCAUCAGAGGGCACUUGUGACCACACUACAGGAGUCUCUGUGGUCUAGCUUGGGCCAUUCUAGGCUCUUUCAAGUGACUUGGAAAUCAACCUUUUUUAUUUGGGGAGGGUGGGGAGAGGAGCUGAAAGUUCAUACUGAAAUGGAUUUGUAGAAUAUCUGUAAAUCUAUUUUUAGUGGGGUAUUUUUUUAAUGGUUCAUUUCUUUAUGCAGAGCCUCUCUGCCUGAGCAAGAGUGUGCAGGUGCCGAGGUGUUCCCCACUCUCUUGCACAUUUCCACAGUACCUGCUAAGUUUGUAUUUAAUGGUUUGUUUGUUUGUUUCUCGAAAAUGAGAGAAGAGCCGGAGAAAUGAUUUUUAUUAUUAUUUUUUUUUACUAUUUAUAGCUUCAGAGAGGGCCUCUCCUUCCCUUUCCUCUUUCUCUUUAAAGCCCCUCCCCGUUUUUUUUUUUUUAUACUAAGCACUCCCCUGCUCAUGACCUUGGCCCUUUCUGAAGCUGCUAAAAAGUAGCUUUUGCUGAAACAUAGUUUUCUAGCAGAUCCCAAAAUAUAAUGUAAGGGAUGUUGGGAUAUUUGUAUCUCUUUUCUUGUAAUAUAUUAUUAUUCUUCCUUGGUUCUAGAAAAAUAGAUAAAUAUAUUUUUUCAGGAGAUAGUGUGAUAUUUCCAGUUCAAAGUUGGCUGGAUGGUUGGGUGAGUGAAUUUUUGUGUGGUCGAGUGGAUUUUUACCUUUUUUUUUGCCCUGUUCCUGGUGCCUUCUCCUGAUCGGGCCGGAAUAGUUGAGGGGAGAUGAUUCUACCUUCUGUCUAGCUUUUAAUUGAGCCCAGCUGGUGUUCCUUUAUUUGCUUUCUCCAAAUUUAAGAGAAAAUUGGAGAGCUGCACCAUCCAAUAUGGUAACUACUAGCCACAUGUAGCUAUUUAAAUCAAUUAAAAUUACGUAAAGUUAAAAAUUCAUCCCUCAGUUACACUAACCACAUUUCAGGUGGUCAGUUGCCACAUGUGGUUAGGGCUGCUGGACCGAAUGCGCAGGCAGAGACCAUGUCCAUCUCAUGGACAGCACUGCUAAGAACUGACUUAAGUCACAGUCCCAGCUUUGCUGGGAUGACCUUUGUCUCCCUGGGCAAAGAGGGGAAUGGUGGGUGACUGGGGGGGCUGAUUCGGCCUGAACUCUGGAGCCUGUUGUCUACGAACCUCCCUCUCCAGAGAGGAGAGGCUGGUGGCUUAGCCUGGGCAGGCCAGGUCUUCUGACUGCACUGGCUAGGGUGGGGGGAAUCAGCCUCGCCUCCUGCACCCUGCACCACCACAACCCAGGUCCCAGCUGGCUGGGUCCUCUUCCUCCCUGUGUCCUUCUCCUCUGGCUAUGUUGGGAAUGAGCACCUCUUCUGUAGCCACUUCACACUGUUGUCUGUUACUGAUUUUUUUGAUAAAAAGAUAAUAAAACCUGGUACUUUCUA